UUAAAAACCGAUUGCUCUUUUUGAACUUAUUGUAGGCUUUUUAAGUAACAUUUUAAACGAAUUUUGAAUAAACUGAAUAACUUUUUCCAAUGGUAUGCUGCAUCUAGUUUGUUUGUUGCGUACAAGACUUUUGUUUGUUGAUAUUUUGAAUACUAUGAAUUGCCGGAAAAUAUGACAGAAACUGUAAAAAUAUAUUCGUUACCAGCUCCUCAAGUAAAACCAGAUCCAUUCCUAGCUUAUAGUGAAAAUUUAUCUAAAAGAAGAACUACCAUCAUAAUUGAUAAUGGUUCUUACAUGUGUAAGGCUGGUUGGGCAAUUAAUGAAAAGCCAUCCUUUGUUUUUAGAAAUGUCCUUGCUAAAUUACGUGGAAAGAAGGAAAGUGAAACUCAAGUAGGUAAUGACAUUAAGAAUAUUGAAGUUGUCAGAUGGUUAUUGAAAACCCAGUUUGAUAAGAAUGUUGUGACUCAAUUUGAUGCUCAAGAAGUAAUUUUUGAUCAUAUCUUUAACCACUUGGGAAUAAAUACUGCUGGUGUAGUAGACCAUCCUAUCGUACUUACUGAAGCUGUCUGUAACCCAAAUUACUCAAGGCAAUUGAUGUCUGAACUUUUAUUCGAGUGCUACAAUGUGCCAUCAGUUGCAUAUGGCAUUGAUUCUCUCUUCAGCUUUUAUAACUACAGACCAAAAAUAACUGGUGUAUUUGGAUUAAUAAUAUCUCUUGGUCAUCACACUUGCCAUGUAUUGCCUGUUAUCCGUUCUAGGUUUGAUGUUCGUAAUGCUAAACGCAUAAAUGUUGGAACCUAUAACAUGACAAAUUUUUUUCAUCGCUUGCUACAGUUGAAAUAUUCUGCUCAUGCAUCAAUGAUCACUUUAAGCAGAGUUGAAAAUUUAAUUUUGGAACAUAUGCAAUUCAGCCCUAACUUCACAGAUGAUGUACGAUUGUGGGAGAAGGAGGAUUAUGCUAAACAUAAUACACAUGUUAUUCAAUUGCCAUAUGCAUCUUUGCCAGGCUCCUCAGUAAAUUCUGCUAGUGGAAAAAUGGAGAAAUGUGAAACACUUUUGAAACGAGUGCAAUUGGCUCGACAAAAACAACGAGCUGAAAAAAUUGCAUGUGAUGAGGAAAGAUUACAGGAGUAUCUUACUGUUCAAGAAUUACUUGAAGAAGGAGAUGAAACUGCUCUUGUAGCAUUACAAGAAUUGGGAUACAACUCAGCUACUGAACUUCAAGCUGGUAUCAAAAAAUUGAACUGCAACAUCAGAAAUCUGAAAAAUCUAAUGGCCACACAUCAGGAAGAUAAUCAAGAUUCACCAUUUAAGAAUUGGUGUGAAAUGUUGAAUAUAAAUAAUUUUUCCGAUGCCGAGUCAUGGAUAAGUGAACUUAAAUUGAAAAGAAAGGAAGUAUUUGAAGCUCACCAAAAACUGCAAUCAGACAGGUUGAAAAGUACUCAUAUUGGUGGUUUUAGUUCAACAACUUCAAAUGAUUUAUUUGGUGGUAUAUUUGCUAACCCUCUAGAAGUGAAAUCAUUACAGCAAUAUACUAUGGAGUUGGAAGAAAAGAAAGAGCAACUUAAAAUAUUAGAUGAAAUCAUUGCUGAAUACAAUCGUGAGUUUUCAAAGUCUGAAUCAAAUUUUUCUUUUAAUCUGGCAGAAUAUUAUCAGCUACAUAUAGGAUUAGAUAGAAUAAGAGUUCCAGAGAUUAUUUUUCAACCAACAAUGAUUGGUGUUGAACAAGCAGGAAUUGCUGAAACUAUUGAAAUGGUACUAGCACGCUACAAUCCAGCUGAUCAACAAAAGCUAGCUGAGAAUGUUUUCAUAACUGGAGGGUGUGCAAACUUACCAUUAAUUAAAGAAAGAGUGGAAGCAGAAUUACUAUCUAUAAGGCCAUUCAAGUCUAACUUCACUGUACAACUUGCUGAUGAUGUAAUGCUAGAUGCUUGGAAAGGGGCUAAGAAAUGGGCCACAAGUAAUGACAAUUUAAAGAAGUUUUCUAUCACACGUCAAGAAUAUGAGGAAAAAGGUGGUGAUUAUCUUAAAGAACACACAUGUUCCAAUCACUAUGUCAAUUUACCACCUUUAGUUCGUAAAGGGCUCGUCAACCCACCCACUCCUGUACCUCCUCCUAAAUCAGAACAAAAAGUUUCUUGAUGAACUUUUUAAACUGUAAAUUUUGUAAAUAUGUGUAAGAUAAAGAUCUUUUAUGUAA